UCUCGCGUGCGUGCCGUACGCACGAAUAAAGCAAUACGCUCAGCUGUUUGUUUAUUAUGACGAUUGACUCUAACAUUUUAUACUUGAAAUUACCACACUUCUUUUGGUCAGAUUGUUAUCAAUUCAUUCCUGCCAUUGGCUUGAAUGGUGUCUGAUUAUUUUAUGUACGGAAGGAGGUCUGAUUGGAUGGAUUAUUUUAUUUCUUAACUUGGUCUCGGAGUCGGACUUUGUCGCUUGCCACCCACGGUCGGUCACGACUCCGUCGAGUCAAGUCUCGGCACCGCUCGCGUUCUGCACUGCCUUUUCUCUGCAAUUGCAGAACAGCGCAGGUUGAUGUUUUGACUGUAGACUUUUGUAGUGAAGAAGUUGAGGCUGAGUUGCCCUACAUUCCCUACAAUUACCAGAGAUAACAAGACAAUGAUGAAUCUGCCUGCUGAAAUCUCACAAAUGGAAUGACAUCUUGGCUGGAAUUUCUGGGCAGUUGUCCCGAUCCGGUUAAAGAUUCCAAAUUUCUUCAAACUAAACUAAAAUCAAGACUCGACUGUCUCCACUCUCCAGUUUCCCAGGCCACGCCAGUUGGACUUGGAGUUGGCCAACAAGUCAAGUCCCAAGAUCAGAAUCCCAAGAAGAGGCCAAGUCCAAUCAAAACGUGAAGGACAACGCAAGACGACUUCCAGAGGACCAACUGCAGCAACAAUACUGGAAGCUGGAAACAUUUAAUUGAGUUGACUGAGCUGAGUCAGUAAACACACAGUGUUAGCUUACCUUCAAAAGUCAAAAUGGGCAGCAUAAAUAAAAGUGACAGGAUAACCCUUAGAAUUAUACAUCCCAUGAAUGGGAACAACAAAGAAUUCAAUUUUGUGCCUGAAGACACUGCAGCAGAUGUAGCACAGCAUGUCUUUGACAACUGGCCACCAGAUUGGGAGAAUCACAGAGUGCGGUCAGCCCAUAUACUACGAUUGAUAUACCAGGGAAGAUUUAUUCAUGGAAAUGUAUCAUUAGGAGCUUUACAGUUGCCUCUUGGUAAGACGACAGCAAUGCAUAUAAUGGCACGAGAAACUCUACCAGAACCCAACUCACAAGGACAGAGAAACCGAGGAAAAACAGAGGAGAGUAAUUGUUGUGUGAUUCUCUGAAAGAAACUACUUGGAAAAAAACGUGAUAACGUUCACAAACUGAACUUUCUAUGAAGAUCCUGAUACCAUCCAUUUAUUGUUGGACCUCGUUCUAACUCAUUCUCAGAGUCGAUUUUGAAACGUUGAACAAUCAUUCCUACAUGCCCAAACAAGAAGCAUCAUCAGUGUAUCAUCUCAACAUGGAAUCUUGUGCAUGCUUCGUUCGCAUAGUUUAUAUAUUUUUUGAUUUGUAUGCAAGGGCUGUUGGCCCUCAGGAAAUGGUCACAAGUCGUAUUCAGACAUUGAUUCGGUAGACAGACAUGCCUGCGUUUCUAGUGCUAUGUGAAACCUUAUGUGUGUGUUGAUUAAAUGAUUCAAUGAUACUGUCCAUUCGGAGACAGAAUAACCAGUAUCUGUAUACCACAUGAAAAUUCCUUCCGGUUGUGAGUAAAUUUUAUGGGGUGUUUUUUGUGUGUGUAAAUUUCCCAAUAAAAUAAUAACAUUUUUGUAAU